GUCAGGAGAGGUUUUACUGAAAGAAAUACACGAAGCAAUGCUAUGAAGAAAUCUUUUAAUAACAGAACCAAGGACUUUAACUCUGAAAAAUCAAGCAUUUUCUCAGAUUCCUAAAUGUUCUCAAAGGCGAUAGUAAACAUAAACCCCAAACCUUUCUCAUGUUCUGAAUGUGGAAAAUGUUUUGGGCAACAUUCAAAUCUUCUUGGACAUCAGAGAACUCACACAGGAGAGAAACCGUUCUCAUGUUCUGAAUGUGUAAAAUGUUUUCUUAGUAAAGCAGAGCUUGUCAGUCAUCAGAGAACUCACACAGGAGAGAAACCAUUCUCAUGUUCUGAAUGUGGAAAAUGUUUUAUCAAUAAAUCAAAACUUGUCCGUCAUCAGCGAACUCACACAGGAGAGAAACCAUUCUCAUGUUCUGAAUGUGGAAAAUGUUUUCGGCAUGAUUCAAAUCUUGUCAGUCAUCAGAGAAUUCACACAGGAGAGAAACCAUUCUCAUGUUCUGAAUGUGGAAAAUGUUUUCAACGACAUUCAAGUCUUGUCAGUCAUCAGAGAACUCACACAGGAGAGAAACCGUUCUCAUGUUCUGAAUGUGGAAAAUGUUUUCAACGACAUUCAAAUCUUGUCAGUCAUCAGAGAACUCACACAGGAGAGAAACCAUUCUCAUGUUCUGAAUGUGGAAAAUGUUUUCGGCAUGAUUCGAAUCUUGUCAGUCAUCAGAGAACUCACACAGGAGAGAAACCAUUCUCAUGUUCUGAAUGUGGAAAAUGUUUUCGGCAUGAUUCAAAUCUUGUCAGUCAUCAGAGAACUCACACAGGAAAGAAACCGUUCUCGUGUUCUGAAUGUGGAAAAUGUUUUGUCACAAAUUCAAAGCUUGUUUGUCAUCAGAGAACUCACACAGGAGAGAAACCGUUCUCAUGUUCUGAAUGUGGAAAAUGUUUUGGGCAACAUUCAAAUCUUGUCCGUCAUCAGAGAACACACACAGGAGAGAAACCGUUCUCAUGUUCUGAAUGUGGAAAAUGUUUUCCAAAACAUUCAACUCUUGCCAGUCAUCGGAAAACUCACACAGGAGAGAAACAGUUCUCAUGUUCUGAAUGUGGAAAAUGUUUUGUCACUAAAGCAGAGCUUGUUUGUCAUCAGCGAACUCACACAGGAGAGAAACCGUUCUCAUGUUCUGAAUGUGGAAAAUGUUUUGGGCAACAUUCACAUCUUGUCUGUCAUCAGAGAACUCACACAGGAAAGAAACCGUUCUCAUGUUCUGAAUGGGGAAAAUGAUUUUUCGUUAAACAUAAUCUUGAUAGACAUCAGAGAUCUCACACAGGUGAUGUGUCUCUAAAAUUGUAUAAGGCAUCCAUGCCUUAACAUAGAAAUAAGAUAUCUUGUAUUGUGAAUUUUGAUCAUGCUGACACUGUACGUAGUAACUGUGAUAGUAGCAGUCAACGUACGUAUGAUGAAAUAAAAAAGUGGA